AUGGUGGCCGGCGCCGGCCCAUCUGCAGGCCCCUCACCUGGGAGUGGGGAAGGCCAGGGCCAGAUUCUGCAGCGCUUCCCGGAGAAGGACUGGGAAGACAACCCAUUCCCCCAGGGCAUCGAGCUGUUUUGCCAGCCUAGCGGGUGGCAGCUGUGUCCCGAGAGGAAUCCACCGACCUUCUUUGUUGCUGUCCUCACUGACAUCAACUCCGAGCGCCACUACUGCGCCUGCUUGACCUUCUGGGAGCCAGUGGAGCCUUCACAGCAGGAAACGACGCGUGAGGAGGAUGCCACAGAGAGGGAAGAAGAGGAGGAUGAGGGAGGCCAGACCCACCUGUCUCCCACAGCGCCUGCCCCAUCUGCCCAGCUGUUUGCACCGAAGACGCUGGUACUGGUGUCUCGACUUGACCACACGGAGGUGUUCAGGAACAGCCUCGGCCUCAUCUAUGCCAUCCACGUGGAGGGCCUGAAUGUGUGCCUGGAAAACGUGAUUGGGAACCUGCUGACGUGCACUGUGCCCCUGGCUGGGGGCUCACAGAGGACGAUCUCUUUGGGGGCUGGUGACCGGCAGGUCAUCCAAACUCCACUGGCUGACUCGCUGCCCGUCAGCCGCUGCAGCGUGGCCCUGCUUUUCCGCCAGCUGGGCAUCACCAACGUGCUGUCUUUGUUCUGUGCCGCCCUGACGGAGCACAAGGUUCUCUUCCUGUCCCGGAGCUACCAGCGGCUCGCCGAUGCCUGUAGGGGCCUCCUGGCACUGCUGUUUCCUCUCAGAUACAGCUUCACCUAUGUGCCCAUCCUGCCGGCUCAGCUGCUGGAGGUCCUCAGCACACCCACGCCCUUCAUCAUCGGGGUCAACGCGGCCUUCCAGGCAGAGACCCAGGAACUGCUCGACGUGAUCGUUGCUGAUCUGGAUGGAGGAACGGUGGCCAUCCCCGAGUGUGUGCACAUUCCACCCUUGCCAGAGCCGCUGCAGAGUCAGACACACAGUGUGCUGAGCAUGGUCCUGGACCCGGAACUGGAGUUGGCUGACCUCGCCUUCCCUCCACCCACGACGUCCACCUCCUCCCUGAAGAUGCAGGACAAGGAGCUGCGAGCUGUCUUUCUGCGGCUCUUCGCUCAGCUGCUGCAGGGCUAUCGCUGGUGCCUGCACGUCGUGCGCAUCCACCCGGAGCCUGUCAUCCGCUUCCAUAAGGCAGCCUUCCUGGGCCAGCGUGGGCUGGUGGAGGAUGACUUCCUGAUGAAGGUGCUGGAGGGCAUGGCCUUUGCUGGCUUCGUGUCAGAGCGUGGGGUCCCGUACCGCCCCACAGACCUGUUCGAUGAGCUGGUGGCCCACGAGGUGGCACGGAUGCGGGCAGAUGAGAACCACCCCCAGCGUGUCCUGCGUCACGUCCAGGAACUGGCCGAGCAGCUCUACAAGAACGAGAACCCGUACCCAGCCGUGGCGAUGCACAAGGUACAGAGGCCCGGCGAGAGCAGCCACCUGCGACGGGUGCCCCGGCCCUUCCCCCGGCUGGAUGAGGGCACUGUGCAGUGGAUCGUGGACCAGGCUGCGGCCAAGAUGCAGGGUGCACCCCCAGCUGUGAAGGCCGAGAGGAGGACCACUGUGCCCUCAGGGCCCCCCAUGACUGCCAUACUGGAGCGGUGCAGCGGGCUGCAUGUCAACAGCGCCCGGCGUCUGGAGGUCGUGCGCAACUGCAUCUCCUAUGUGUUUGAGGGGAAAAUGCUUGAGGCCAAGAAGCUGCUCCCAGCUGUGUUGAGGGCCCUGAAGGGGCGAGCUGCCCGCCGCUGCCUUGCCCAGGAGCUGCACCUGCAUGUGCAGCAGAACCGUGCGGUCCUGGACCACCAGCAGUUUGACUUUGUCGUCCGUAUGAUGAACUGCUGCCUGCAGGACUGCACUUCUCUGGAUGAGCAUGGCAUCGCAGCUGCUCUGCUGCCUCUGGUCACAGCCUUCUGCCGGAAGCUGAGCCCGGGGGUGACGCAGUUCGCGUACAGCUGUGUGCAGGAGCAUGUGGUGUGGAGCACGCCGCAGUUCUGGGAGGCCAUGUUCUAUGGGGAUGUGCAGACUCACAUCCGGGCCCUCUACCUGGAGCCCACCGAGGACCUGGCCCCCGCCCAGGAGGUUGGGGAGGCACCUUCCCAGGAGGACGAGCGCUCUGCCCUGGAUGUGGCUUCUGAGCAGCGGCGCCUGUGGCCAACCCUGAGCCGUGAGAAGCAGCAGGAGCUGGUGCAGAAGGAGGAGAGCACGGUGUUCAGCCAGGCCAUCCACUAUGCCAACCGCAUGAGCUACCUUCUCCUGCCCCUGGACAGCAGCAAGAGUCGCCUACUUCGGGAGCGCGCUGGGCUGGGCGACCUGGAGAGCGCCAGCAACAGCUUGGUCACCAACAGCAUGGCUGGCAGCGUGGCUGAGAGCUAUGACACGGAGAGUGGCUUUGAGGAUGCAGAGACCUGCGAUGUGGCUGGGGCUGUGGUCCGCUUCAUCAACCGCUUUGUGGACAAGGUCUGCACGGAGAGUGGGGUCACCAGCGACCACCUCAAGGGGCUGCAUGUCAUGGUGCCAGACAUCGUCCAGAUGCACAUCGAGACCCUGGAGGCCGUGCAGCGGGAGAGCCGGAGGCUGCCGCCCAUCCAGAAGCCCAAGCUGCUGCGGCCGCGCCUGCUGCCUGGUGAGGAGUGUGUGCUGGACGGCCUGCGCGUCUACCUGCUGCCGGAUGGGCGUGAGGAGGGUGCGGGGGGCAGUGCCGGGGGACCAGCAUUGCUCCCAGCUGAGGGCGCCGUCUUCCUCACCACGUACCGGGUCAUCUUCACAGGGAUGCCCACAGACCCCCUGGUUGGGGAGCAGGUGGUGGUCCGUUCCUUCCCGGUGGCUGCGCUGACCAAGGAGAAGCGCAUCAGCGUCCAGACCCCUGUGGACCAGCUCCUGCAGGACGGGCUGCAGCUGCGCUCCUGCACAUUCCAGCUGCUGAAAAUGGCCUUUGAUGAGGAGGUGGGGUCUGACAGUGCCGAGCUUUUCCGCAAGCAGCUGCAUAAGCUGCGGUACCCGCCGGACGUCAGGGCCACCUUCGCGUUCACCCUGGGCUCUGCCCACACACCCGGCCGCCCCCCGCGAGUCACCAAGGACAAGGGUCCUUCCCUCAGAACCCUGUCCCGGAACCUGGUCAAGAACGCCAAGAAGACCAUCGGGCGGCAGCAUGUCACUCGUAAGAAGUACAACCCCCCCAGCUGGGAGCACCGGGGCCAGCCGCCCCCCGAGGACCAGGAGGACGAGAUCUCAGUGUCGGAGGAGCUGGAGCCCAGCACGCUGACCCCGUCCUCAGCCCUGAAGCCCUCCGACCGCAUGACCAUGAGCAGCCUGGUGGAAAGGGCUUGCUGCCGCGACUACCAGCGCCUCGGCCUGGGCACCCUGAGCAGCAGCCUGAGCCGGGCCAAGUCUGAGCCCUUCCGCAUCUCUCCGGUCAACCGCAUGUACGCCAUCUGCCGCAGCUACCCAGGGCUGCUGAUCGUGCCCCAGAGUGUCCAGGACAACGCCCUGCAGCGCGUGUCCCGCUGCUACCGCCAGAACCGCUUCCCCGUGGUCUGCUGGCGCAGCGGGCGGUCUAAGGCCGUACUGCUGCGCUCUGGCGGCCUGCAUGGCAAAGGUGUCGUCGGCCUCUUCAAGGCCCAGAACGCACCUUCUCCAGGCCAGUCCCAGGCGGACUCGAGUAGCCUGGAGCAGGAGAAGUACCUGCAGGCCGUGGUCAGCUCCAUGCCCCGCUACGCCGACGCGUCGGGACGCAACACGCUUAGCGGCUUCUCCUCAGCCCACAUGGGCAGUCACGUUCCCAGCCCCAGAGCCAGGGUCACCACGCUGUCCAACCCCAUGGCGGCCUCGGCCUCCAGACGGACCGCACCCCGAGGUAAGUGGGGCAGUGUCCGGACCAGUGGGCGCAGCAGUGGCCUUGGCACUGAUGUGGGCUCCCGGCUGGCUGGCAGAGACACGCUGGCCCCACCCCAGGCCAACGGGGGCCCUCCCGACCCGGGCUUCCUGCGACCGCAGCGAGCAGCCCUCUACAUCCUCGGGGACAAAGCCCAGCUUAAGGGUGUGCGGCCAGACCCCCUGCAGCAGUGGGAGCUGGUGCCCAUUGAGGUAUUUGAGGCACGGCAGGUGAAGGCCAGCUUCAAGAAGCUGCUGAAGGCGUGUGUCCCAGGCUGCCCUGCUGCUGAGCCCAGCCCAGCCUCCUUCCUGCGCUCACUGGAGGACUCGGAGUGGCUGAUCCAGAUCCACAAGCUGCUGCAGGUGUCUGUGCUGGUGGUGGAGCUCCUGGAUUCAGGCUCCUCUGUGCUGGUGGGCCUGGAGGACGGCUGGGACAUCACCACCCAGGUGGUAUCUUUGGUGCAGCUGCUCUCAGACCCCUUCUACCGCACGCUGGAGGGCUUCCGCCUGCUGCUGGAGAAGGAGUGGCUGUCCUUCGGUCACCGCUUCAGCCACCGUGGGGCCCACACCCUGGCUGGGCAGAGCAGCGGCUUCACACCCAUCUUCCUGCAGUUCCUGGACUGCGUACAUCAGGUCCACCUGCAGUUCCCCAUGGAGUUUGAGUUCAGCCAGUUCUACCUCAAGUUCCUCGGCUACCACCACGUGUCCCGCCGUUUCCGGACCUUCCUGCUCGACUCUGACUAUGAGCGCAUUGAGCUGGGGCUGCUGUACGAGGAGAAAGGGGAACGCAGGGGCCAGCUGCCGUGCAGAUCUGUGUGGGAGUACGUGGACCGACUGAGCAAGAGGACGCCUGUGUUCUACAAUUACAUGUAUGCACCCGAGGACACGGAGGUCCUGCGGCCCUACAGCAACGUGUCCAACCUGAAGGUGUGGGACUUCUACACUGAGGAGACGCUGGCCGAGGGCCCUCCCUAUGAUUGGGAACUGGCCCAGGGGCCCCCCGAGCCCCCAGAGGAAGAACGGUCUGACGGAGGCGCUCCCCAGAGCCGGCGCCGUGUGGUGUGGCCCUGCUACGACAGCUGCCCGCGGGCCCAGCCUGACGCCAUCUCACGCCUGCUGGAGGAGCUGCAGAGGCUGGAGACAGAGUUGGGCCGACCCGCUGAGCGCUGGAAGGACACCUGGGACCGGGUGAAGGCUGCACAGCGCCUCGAAGGCCGGCCAGACGGACGUGGCACCCCUAGCUCCCUCCUGGUGUCCACCGCACCCCACCACCGCCGCUCGCUGGGUGUGUACCUGCAGGAGGGGCCCGUGGGCUCCACCCUGAGCCUCAGCCUGGACAGCGACCAGAGUAGUGGCUCAACCGCAUCCGGCUCCCGCCAGGCUGCCCGCCGCAGCACCAGCACCCUGUACAGCCAGUUCCAGACAGCUGAGAGUGAGAACAGGUCCUACGAGGGCACUCUGUACAAGAAGGGGGCCUUCAUGAAGCCUUGGAAGGCCCGCUGGUUCGUGUUGGACAAGACCAAGCACCAGCUGCGUUACUAUGACCACCGUGUGGACACAGAGUGCAAGGGUGUCAUCGACCUGGCGGAGGUGGAGGCUGUGGCACCUGGCACGCCCACCAUGGGUGCCCCUAAGACUGUGGACGAGAAGGCCUUCUUUGACGUGAAGACAACGCGUCGCGUUUACAACUUCUGUGCCCAGGACGUGCCCUCGGCCCAGCAGUGGGUGGACCGGAUCCAGAGCUGCCUGUCGGAUGCCUGAGCCUCCCGGCCCUGCCCGGCUGCUCUGCUUCCAGUCGUUACCGACCACUAGGGGUGGGCAGGGCCGCCCCGGCCAUGUUUACAGCCCCGGCCCUCGACAGUAUUGAGGCCCCGAGCCCCCAGCACUUGUGUGUACAGCCCCCGUCCCUGCCCCGCCCCGCCCGGCCGGCCCUAACUUAUUUUGGCAUCACAGCUGAGCACCGUGCCGGGAGGUGGCCAAGGUACAGCCCGCAAUGGGCCUGUAAAUAGUCCAGCCAGCGGCUGCAGGCGAGUUUCUAGAACCAGAGUCUAUAUAAAGAGAGAACUAACGCCA